UCUGAUGUUUAACUUGAAUUUAGUUUAACCACUACAACUUUUAUACAUGGUUGAUUGACCUGAAUCAAAUGGUGAAAACAAGUUUGUUGCCUUAACUUAUCCAAAAGAGUUUUUCUGGUUUCUUCACUCCUAACCAGCUGACGUUGAUUAACCAGAAAUGAUUACCCAGUUUAACUAUCAAUAAUCUUAAUCCGGAACAAGUAUCAGAUGGAUAUUAUGGCAAGGAGGAGGAAGAGGAGGACAAUAAAAGUGACGGUGACGAUGACGGAGAUAACAAUAGUGAAAAGAAGGAGAAAAAGAAGGAUCAAGUCGAACUCUUGAAAUGAUCAAGAUAACGAAAAGAGUGAAUUUCUCUAUCUCUUUGGGUUUUAGUUUUUUGUUUUUACUGUUUUUCUUAGCUUGAGAGAUAUGACAAAAUGAAGAUGAUUAGAAAUGUGAGAGAGGAAAAAACUGGAGUGAAGAAGUGGGAGAGAUUCAUUUAAUGCAUCUAGGUAGGCACUUGAAUGAUUAUUGAUAAAAUGGUUAGAGAGUUUUAUUGUGUAUUUCUCUAUCGAUGGUGUUUGUGACAAUAUAUCCUUGUGAUGAUCAAUUGUGUUGAUUUUAUAAUUAGUGUGUUCACUCUUUACUCAAAUUUAAUCCAGUAAUCAUCGAAAAAAUCGACUCAGCUUAAAGUUGAAAGCCAUCAAGCCAGCCAUACACACAUUGAGAAACAGAAGAAACAGAAGAAGGAAUUGACAAGACAUUGAGCAAACGAUAGAUGUCUAAAUGUCUCUUAUCGAUUUUGUCGCAGGGUGCUGGGGAGGUGCCUGUGGUGUACUGGUUGGACACCCUUUAGAUACAAUCAAGGUUCGACUUCAAACAUGUUCAGAAAAUGUUAAAUUAUCAACUUUACUUUUUAAUAAGAAUCAAAAGCUUGGUGGUCUUUUCUCUGGUCUAUCGUCACCCUUGGCCUGCCUUGCCUUUGUAAAUGCAAUUGUCUUUGGGGUUUAUGGUAAUCUAAAUGAAUAUCUUAAAAGGCUGGAGACAACUUCCAAUCCCUUUGGACUCUCUAAGAUAGGACGUGAAUUUGUGGCCGGUACAGUGGCCGGAGUUGCUCAAUGUAUUGUAACUUGUCCAAUGGAGUUAGUUAAAUGUCGCAUGCAAACAGUAUCCUCCAUUGGAGCAACCGUUUCCUUAGUAAAUCAGGGUAAAUACAGUAAAUAUGUGGAUAACAAUUAUGCUCAAUUUAACGAGGUCCAGUCUAGUUUGAAGAAUGGCCAUGAGAAGCCAAAAAUGUACAACUCUCAUCAAUCUCAACACCAACAACACCGUCAACUGCACUCUUCUCAUCAUAAACAAGCUUCUUUAAAGCACAAUCCUUAUCAUCAACUCUAUCAUUAUCAUUAUUAUCAUCUUCAAGCAACUCAAAGGCCUACCUUUUGUAGCCAUUACUCAACUGGCUUCACUCCAAUUACCGUCCAAGAAACUCUUCGCACAAUCAAGGCUACAGAGAAAAGUUUUCUUCGAGGAUUAUAUCGAGGAAUGAUUCCCACUUUACUCCGUGAUGCACCCGCUUUCGGGAUAUACUUUUCUUCCUUCCAAUACCUUAUCGAUCGUAAUCCAGAAGAAACGAGUGAAACAAAAUUGUUAUUGGCCGGAGGAAUUGCCGGUGCACUUUCCUGGCUUUUUAUUUACCCAUUUGAUGUAAUUAAAACCAAAAUCCAGACUGAAGGAGUUAAAUAUGAUUAUUCAAUGGUUAAAUGUUCCAAAGCCAUGUACCGAGAAAGCUCAUUAGGAUGGAAAGUAUUCUUUCGUGGUUUCACUCCAACCCUAAUAAGAGCAUUCCCAGUCAAUGCAGUUACCUUUUAUGUUGUCAACAAAACAUUUGUAUUAUACGAAAAUUACCUUUAAAAACACACACACACACGUUAUUACUUUUAUUAAUAAUAUUAUUAUUAUUGACUGUAUAUUCCGUAUUUUCACUUGGACCAAUUUUUAUUAUUGCGAUAACUUAUCGCCAUCUUCAUUCCCCACUUUACCUGAUAUACCAAAAAAUAUGGCAAAAUGUUUUUAUAUAAAUUGUUUAUCAUGAAA